UUUGACCAGUCGCAAAGUGAAACUGUACGGUAGAAAUUUACUUGGAUUUGCGCAGUCUAAAUCGCAAUCAACUCUCCGCCGAUUACUGUGUACACACGGCGCCAAACAUGGGAAGCAAUUUUUCAAAGGAAGACUGUUUUCACUUCCCAACCAUGGACACGCGGAAUCUGGACACUCUGAGGGACUAUGUGCGUAACUACAACCCUCCUGAGGGCGACGGAGGCUAUAUAAACAUCCUACUCUUCGGCAUGGUUAGGGCUGGGAAAUCAUCGACCAUCAACACAUUCCUCUCCGCUCUGGAUCCAAAAGGAGCGACCACAACCUGUGUCCCGACGGGAGACGAUCCCAAAUCUCUCACACCAGAGCUCAGGUCCUACAGAGCACAGAAGCUAAAAUUUUGGGAUUCUGCUGGAUGGAAUGUAAUGGAGACAACAGAUCUGAAAAAGAGAGUGUUACAGAUGAUCCUGGAAGGAAGAGUUCCCAAAGGAACAGACUUGCACAGUUUCAACCCUGACUCAGAUAUUUCCAGCUAUCCCGUUAUUCCGGAAAAUGUAAUUCAUGGAGUCGCAUUCAUAUUUGACAUCAACACCAUGGACAGCAUCAGUGAUGAUAAAAUGACAGAGUUUCAGGAGUUACAGACGAUGGUGGCACAGAAGUAUGUUCACAGGGUUGUGAUUGGGACCAAGUUUGAAUUAUUAGGGAUACCAGAAAAAUACAAUGCAUGGAUUUAUGAAUACAAGCCACUGCAGCAGAAGGUUGACAGCUGGCUGACGUUAUUUUUGGUUUGCUGCUGGCGGCAAAUUUAAGUUUGGCGUUUUUCAUAAAUACAAGAAGGACUCAAAUAGACGUUGGGUAUUUUACUUCAAAGUAACCUUCAACCCAACGUCUUUUUUUCGGAGUUCAAAAUGUUUUUGUUGCAUGCAGAAAUGUAAUUUCGUUUUCUCUGCAGGAGUUCAUCAAUUUCAUAAAUUCAACACAUUAUAAUUUGUUUAUACAUAGCAUAAAGGCAAAACAAAACGUUGUAUGCAGUGUUAUUUCAUUUUAAAUGUCAAACGGGUUUUGCGGCUCCCAGUAUUUUCUUUUCUGUGGGAAACGGGUCCAAGUGGCUCUUUCAGUGGUAAACGUUGCUGACCCCUGGUAGGUAAAUACAGAUGCAAAAAAUCCAUUAAGAUCUGCUCCAUCUCUUUCAGCUCUGAUCUUCAAAGGAGCAAUUUUGUUCCUUGCUGUCUUUGUGUUUGUAAAAUAUCUUCAAAAGCCCUAAUGCCUUCUUUUAGCCCUGUUUUCUUUCUUAAUUGUUCUCUUGAAUUUCUGAUACUCCUCAAAUACCUAAUUUGUUUAGUUAGGUGCUCCCGGUGUGGCCUCCUCUACAUCGGUGAGACCUGACACAGAUUGGGGGGCCACUUCAUUGAGCUUCUCCACUCCAUCCGCCACAACAGACAGGAUCUCCCAGUUGCCAUCCACUUCAACUCUGCUUUACAUUCCCAUUCGGAUAUGUCCAUACAUGGCCUCCUCUACUGCCAUGAUGAGGCCAAACUCAGGUUGGAGGAGCAACACCUCAUAUACUGUCUGGGUAGUCUCCAACCCCUUGGUAUGAACAUUGAAUUCUCCAACUUCCGGUAAUUCCCUCCCUUCUCCCAUCCCAGUUUCCUUCUGCCUCUCCUCCAGCUGCCUAUCACCUAUCCUCAUGGUUCAACCUUCUACUACUCAUAGUGCUUUCCCCUUACAUUCCUUCUUCACCUUUCCUGCCUAUCCCCUCCCUGCUUCCCCUCUCCCCUCCCUUGAUCUUUCCCCUUACUGGUCUUUCACCUGGCACCUACCAGCCUUCUCCUUGUGCGUGUUAAUUUGUUUUUACCUGCCUAUACCUGCUAUGCACCCCCUCCUUCUUAACCAGUGCCUCAAUAGCUCUAAAAAAUACAAGGAACUGUGCCAAUCUCCACUUGCCAGGUUCUUCCAAAAUUGGCCUUUCACCUAUUUCGAAUCUCAACCCAAGGAACAGACCUACCCUUCACCGUAAUUAACUUGAAACAAAUGGCAUUAUAAUCACUAAAUAGUUUUCACCUACACAUACUUCUGUCACUUCCCUGUCUCAUUCCCUGAUAGGAGAUCUAGUAUCGCACACUCUCUACCUGGGAUCUCUAUGCACUGAUUCAGGAAACUUUCCUGAACACACUCGAGGUAUUCUAUCCCAUCCAGCCCAUUAACAGCAUGGGAAUCCCAGUCAAUAUGUGGAAAGUUAACAGCACCUCAUGUCCAGGGGUGC